UGAGACUGAAACGGCACAGAGAUGCUGAUUAUUUAAGUCACCUCCCAGGCGGCUGAUUUUCAGUCGCCGGAGCAUUGGAGCCAAGUGAAGAUCGCGGAAAGCAAACCGAUACUGAGAAAUUUUGAGAGAGGAAAAGUGAAAUUGACAUUGCCAUUGCAAAAAUGAUGUGGAUUUGUGUUGUGAUGAUCGCGACUCUACUAGAAGUGGCCCAGGCCCAACGACCUGCCUUUGCUGGCAUGCGUCCGCCGGGUGGACUCAGCCAGAAGGACAAAUACCAUGCCACGCAGAACACGGCCGUGGAGAACAUCACCGGAGUGGAUAUAGUUUCCCGAUUCGGCGAACCCUCGCCCUCCCAGCAGACGCCCAUCAUCAAUUUGCCCCAUGGUGCGGUCCAAAGACCUCCCAGUGGAGUCCCCCUAGUUCUGCCCAUCAGUGCCUACGUUCCCGAUCCGCAGCCACCACGUCCAGCCGUCACCACGGUGGUCAAUCGUUUUGGUGGAGCGGAUGCCAGCUCACCUGUUCCAACCUCCACUGGCAGCACACCUACUGUUCCCACUGCUGGGACGCCCAUCUUCACUGGCAGUUCUCCCGUUCCAGCAGCUAGUUCUUCGAUUCCAGCUGUCAAUCCUUCCGUCUUAGGCCUGCCAAUUGAUGCCCAUGGCGACCAGGAGUAUGUUAAUCACCUGAGUAGCCUGCCCCUGGAGAACCAGCCAUUCUGGUUCAUCAACUAUCAGGCCAUUGAGGCGUUGAGGAAUAGCUCCAGGCCAAAUGUGGGAGCUCUGGAGACGCGGGGAUCUUUCUUUGGUGGCUAAAAACUUGAAUAUUUUCGCUUAGUUUAAUUACGAACGUGUGUGUGUCUAUAUGUAUGACAUUUUAUGUAUAAUUAUUUAUUUAUUAGUAUAAAAAGUUACUUUAUUUUUGGAAGUCUCAGCGAA